CGACCGAAGUUGGGAUGAAGGAGAGGAUGUACGAGGGCGCAGCCGCGUCACAGCACACCAGCCAAAAUCUGCGCGACGUCGUCCGUUUCUGUAUUAACACGUUCCGAGCAUUCUAUGCCGGGGACGUCGGGGCUGCAUUCACCGUCGUUGCAGCCGCAACCGCUGCAUCGGACGUCAAACGAGCCACCGACUCCUCCUGCCGUGGGCCGAACAGUCUCGCGGCAAGAGAAGCGUCGCCGCGCGAUCCUGCCAUGGGCAAUCUCCAAAGCGAGGCUAGAAAGAAAGGAAAGAAGGGCAAAGGGGCUGCGGAUGGAACUGCCAGCACGCCAGGAUCCGUAGCGGAUGGUCUCGACGACGCGACCGACACCGGGGAUGAUGGAGAAACGGGUGAAUCGGAGGAAACACCUGCUAGAAAGAUGGAAGUAUGUCAGAGACAUGGGGUGGAAAAGCGACCGCUUCACAAGAGACAGGCUCCGAAACCACCUGGAUCUACCGAGAGAAAGGUCAGCCCAGUUGUACCAGAGCUAUCGGGGAAAAAGUCAUACGUACGAGAAAAACACGAUAAAGAAGAUGGAUUUCAAAGAGCGAUAGAACGAGUCGAGUUAACAGAAACGAAGACCAAAGAAAAUUCAUCGGGAACGACAUUAUUGCCAGCAACAAAUCAGAUUCAAAAGCAAGACCCGACGCUCCUGGUCACAGACUCAUGGCGAUUGGCCAAUCAGUGCAUGGUUGUGACUGAGAUUUCGAUGCCACCUAGCCAAGAAUCUUCGAGCGACAGCGUGUUCACCGAUCCCGAAGAAUUAGCCGGCGCUACGAAUGGCGCCAAGGAGGAAGCAGUCUCGACGUCAUUGGCGCUUGUUUUGAAGAGUCACGAGGUCGAACCGUCUUCCAUGUCCCCGCUUUUCGAACGGCGAAUCGUUGGAACGUUAAUCUCGGCGCUGCCGGAUCAAUUAAAGUCGAUACUUACGGAAGCCGAAGUCAAACAAUUUGCGGCUGGAAUAUAUUCCAGACUUGUAUCGGAUGGUAUUAUCGGAUCAAUUACGCUCGAUGGUGUCACGCGGAAUAAGGAGCUUACAGAAGAUCAGUCCCAAUGCAAAGAUACGCAAUCUAUAUCGACCGGUUUAACUUGCCAAGGAGUUUCCGCGAAAGACCAACAAGAUUCCGAGAAGGAGUCGCUGAAACGGGAGCUCGAAAAACUUCGAGAACUAGCGAAACAUGCAAACAAAACUACUCAAGGUAAAUCCACGCAGACAUCUCCUACGACAACUUUCCCGGAAGCAAUUUCCGAAGAUUUAUCCAAAGGGAAGUCUUCUGGAACGCUCGGUUCAUCGUCGGAGAAGACUAUCGUUCAGGAUGCGACUUCUCGAGAGCAGUGUUCGAGUGCCACUUGCUCGACAUCAGCCGCAAGUGGUUCGAAGGACGCGAAGGCUUCCGGAAACGACACGACACCGGGCCGUGUUACUCGAUUAUCGUUGACCCUAACUUCCCCACUGCCACAAGUUUCUUCCCCGCCUGCAUACUCGAGUGCACCACCUCCUCCGCCCCCACCACCUCCUCCACCCCCCUCGCCCUUCUUGGACUAUCGUUCUCAGAACAGUUCAGCCUCCGCUUCUCAACCAUCUUUCUCCAUCCCACCGCCACCUCCGCUACCUGCCUCCACCACCGCGACGCAAUCGUUUACCUCUCAACGAAGCAUUACUUCGUUACCGAUAGUUCCACCACCGCCGCCGCCGCCGCCACCUCCUCCCUUGCCGCAGCCGAUCUUACAGCCGAUGACGGGUGAGAUACAAGCAGCACCACCUGCACCUCCUCCGCCUCCACCACCUCCAUCCCCUACACCCUCGAUCUUAAGGCAGGCGUGUUCCAUACCAGUUCCACCACCUCCGCCACCGCCUCAGACACCUCUAUUUAAUUCGAUACCUCCGCCGCCUCCACCACCUCCACCUCCGCCACCACCUUUAUCCUCUGCGUCAAGCAUCAGUCGACUAGACUCAGGACCUCCGAUUCCUCCUCCUCCGCCCCCACCGUCUCCCCCAGCGCCCUUGAUCGGUACGGUGUCCGGAGGACCGCCGCCACCGCCUCCUCCUCCCACGCCUAUGAUGGGCGUGCCGCCACCUCCGCCACCACCUGCAAUCGGAGGCAUUACCGGUGGACCACCGUCCAUACCACGACCGCCGCCUAUGGGUGUAUCCGGAGGUCCUCCUCCACCUCCGCCUCCGCCAGGAAUCCAAGGACCAUCGCAAGGACCUUGCCCUUUACCCGCACCUCCGGUCGGAGGUUGGAACCCAGCCAGCAGAGCGUGCAUGAGAAAAGAGCCGCUCUGUCCCGAGGUUCCUAUGAAACCGCUCUACUGGACCAGGAUUUUGGUACCUGUAGUACCAACGGAGCGUGGUUCCGUCGACGCUCCAGAGUCGGCCGUUCAGAUUCCUCUGUGGGCGGAAAUAGAGGAAGAGAAAAAUCUGGAUAUGAAAGAGUUCGCCGGCCUGUUCUCUCGUCAGGUGACUGCCAGAAAACCGGUCAAAAAAGCGGACGAGGCUUCGAAACCAUCUAAGAUACAACCAGCAAAGAUUCUCGACUCGAAACGAUCCAAGACCGUGGGCAUUUUGGAGAAGAGCUUACACGUAGACUUCUGCGAGGUUGAGAACGCGGUUUAUAACUUGGAUACUAGCGUGGUUAACCUUGAAGCGUUACAGCAGAUAUACGAAAUCAGGCCAACGCAGAAGGAAUUGGACGAGAUAAAAGCUUUCGAGGAGAGUAAUACGGACAUUCCUCUUGAUCGACCAGAGGUUUUUCUCAAGAAAUUGUCCAGUAUAAAUCACUUCUCCGAGAGAAUUGCGUGUCUAAUGUUUCAAGCGGAAUUUCAAGACGCGAUCUCGUUCGUUGCAUCGAAGUUAACAAAUUUACGAAGCACCUGCGAUUUUUUACGGAAUUCUACUUCUCUGAAAAAAGUGAUGGCGUUAAUUCUCACGCUCGGCAAUUACAUGAAUGGCGGAAACAGGACGCGAGGGCAAGCCGACGGUUUUGGUCUGGAAAUUCUAGGGAAGUUGAGGGACGUGAAGUCAAAUGUACCUGGUAUUACGUUACUCCACUAUGUUGUUAGAGCGAGACUAGCUCAAGAGAAGGAUCACAACUUCGAAGAACCUUUGCCCUUACCGGUUCCGGAACCGGCAGACAUGGAGGCGGCAUCGAACAUUAAUUUUGAGAAUGUCUCGGCCGAGUUAGAAAGAUUAAAGAAGGAACUUCAAGUAUGUACCGAAAAAUGUGAAAUCGUCGUUGACGCGGAUCCCGAAUCGUCAGGACCGUUCAAAGAAAAGAUGGAUGCGUUUUUCCGCGUGGCAAGAGCAGAAUUGGCAAACGAGCAGGAAGCUUUGCUCGACGCGAAGAGCAAAUUCAAGGCUGUGAUGCAAUUCUACCAGUACACUCCUAAAGGCGCGAAGAACCUAGACGCGGCCGAUCCGAGCGCUUUCUUCAUCCUCUGGCUCGGUUUCUGUCAGGAUUUCAAGGAUAUCUGGAAAAAGGAGCAACAACGAAUAAGAAAGGAACGAAUGGAAGAGAUGAGAAAGAAAUACGGAAGUAAAACAAAGGUAGAAAAAUUGAAACUAAGCGCCACGGGACUGAAAGCACGGAUUCAGAAGCUCUCACGAAAGUAAAUCUAGAUUCGAUAUCACGAAUACAUCGAUAGGUGCGUUAUAACGAGUCGAACGAAUACAACUAUUCUCGUCUUCGAGCGAGGAUAGUGUCUGGUUGUUACGAAUAAAGAUAGUUUAUGGGAUCGAUCGAUCGAUCGUUCGUCCGUUCCGUUCGGUCCGUCCCACUCUUUACGGCACUAAUUUCGUCGAAAUUAAAACGAAAUAAUGAUUAUUGUUGUAGAUAUAUUCGUUGGCAUGAAUUUGUUAUAUUGUAUAUAGACUGGUUAAGUUUGUGUCUAAUUUAUAAAUACGAUUGUUCCGCGAAUGAAGAAAUCGAAGUAAUUCUAAUAAACGAUACUUUUUACAUGUC